AUGACGACUCCAAGAUCCAAGGACCUGUCUCAGAGACAUGCACCUAUCGCAAUCAGUCUGGCACAAGCUCUCAAGCUAGUAGGAGCACUGUUCACCCUGAAGAUACUGCAUGCUGCGGCGCUGGUCUUUCGCAUAGAUGAACAAGAACCACAGAAUCCGGUUCGGGGAGCCAUUCAUCGCAGAGAGCAGCAAAUCGUACAGAUCUUCCUAUCAUCCAUUCCGGAAAGCUACUAUGUACCGAUUCUCGGGAACUUCUUCUCCAACGACCUUCCCUUAACCUCCAUCGCGACGAAUACGAAUUCGAAUUCAAUUCAGCAGUCCGGCAGACCGACAAAUGUGGCGGAAGUACAGUCUACCGAGAGGACAUCAUCUCAGCAGAACAGUCUGCUGAUGCAAGUCUCCUCCAGUAUUGAGCCUGCAGUCCGCAUGUCUCAGGCGCUCGUGGAACGUGAGCCGGAGCUCACCAAAACGAAAUCGGAAAGUGCCGUGGACUCAAUGAUUCCAGUGGCCGGCAGCGAAUCGCUUUACUCCAACACGACGAUGAAAAGAAGUACUUCCGUGCGCAGAAUGUAUUCGCGUUCCUCGAGUAUGCAGCAGGCUAUGGCAGGUUCGGCGGCACAGUAUGUCAAGCUUGUGCCUGGCAGGCCACAUUUCAGUAUCGCCAGUGGGCCAAUGUCGAUGGAGUCCACGGAUGGACAGCAGCCUCGACUGACCGACGACUCUGCGAAUAAUCAGACUCUGCUUGAAAUGGAGACUUUGCAAGCAACCCACUCGGUGGAAAGUUUUCCUGGAAAAUUUCCCAUCAGUGAUGGGCUGGAGUUUAGUUCUCUUGCCACGGCACCACACCAUAUAAGCGGCCGAGGAACAACUUCUGUCAGGCCGUUUUCGGAUGUUUGA